AUGUCACAACUCCGGAUCCUCAAAGAGUACCUCCAUCGGCUAGAGAUGGAUCAAGGUGGUAGUUUACAACGAAUAAGUGAGCAUUUUGACCUCAUCGUUGGGUCUGGAGGUGGUGGGCAAGUAGUCAUAGCUAUCUUGCUGGGAGUCCUUGGCAUGGAUCUGGACCAAGCUUCACUAGCCUUUAGCCGGAUAUGCAAAGCGACUUUGCUCGGAGACGCCCGCUCUCUGACGCAGGAGGAGCGAACCCAGCGACUGGGAGGAGUUAUCAAACAGAUACUAGGAGAGUCCAAAGUGCCAGAAGAUUGCGCAUUCAAUAGUAAAGUUGGCUUGGCGAGUGAAUGCAAAGUUGCAAUAUUAUACCAAUCAGCGGCUCAUCUUGGCCAAUGUAAUCUCUUCCGGAACUACGAUAGUCGACACCUUGCGCUCAACGCGACCAUCAUGCAAGUGAUGCUGGCGGCAUGGGCAACUCCAACGUUGUUCUCUUCGGUCAAGAUAGAAGAUGACAUUGGCCGUGAAGAGGUGGUCAGUGCAGCUGGUGCUUGUAGUAAUCCCAUCUUUGAAGCAAUCUGCGAGGCACAUACGACUUGUGGACCAAAUCGGAUGGUUUCUUGCAUUCUCAGCCUGGGUUCUGGAAGCCAGAGCUCAUGGAGCGCUGAAGUCAAAUACAAGACUUCAAUCGUACAGUAUGCUCGAGAAGCAAUGGGAAUCGCUGAAGACGCACAAAGGCGACUGGGAACCAGUGGUGUAUACUUUCGGCUUGCAGUCACUCCAGCAAUUGAAGACAACCAGGCUACACUCGAGGAUGCUCUUGGAGUAAUUGCGUCAAGCACAUCUCAUUAUCUCUCCUUGGCUUAUCAAGAUGGUCUCGUUGAUGGGUGUAUCACAAAGGCUACUGAGGCGGGGAGCGUGGAGCUGGAAUCACUGCUUCAAGUGCGUGGUGGGAGGACUACUGCAAGGCACGGUCUACCACCACUAUCUCCAUUCUUUGUGACCCGCAAAGAGCUGACAAGUCGUAUAUAUGGGGGAAUCGUACAAGGCAGCGGUCAAACAAUUGUCGUGCUUUCAGGAAUGGGCGGCAGUGGGAAGACGCAGUUAUCUAUCGAAUUUGCACUGAGAUAUGGUGAAUUGUUUCAACACGUCCUCUUUAUUGAUGCCUCGUCCGAAAAAGCAUCGAAACUGGACUUAUAUCAGCAGGCGAUGGGUCUACUGGAGGAACCUGCUGGCAAACUCACCUCUCGAUGGCUCAUCAUCUUCGACAACGCAGAUGACGAGAACUUCAGCGUCCACAACUAUAUACCCAACUGUGGGCAUGGCUCCAUCCUCAUCACGACGCGGAACCCUUCACUUGGCAAUCUCGCGCCUGAAUCUCAUAUCGCUCUCGAUAUCAUGUCAGUCGAAGAAGCCACCAACGCCCUCUUCGCUUCUGCGAUGAAUGCUAAUGAGGAGAAAACUGCGCGUCACAUAGAGACGGCACAGAAAAUCGUAGAACAACUGGGGUAUCUUCCGAUCGCUAUUGUACAAGCAGGAGGGUACAUCAGGAAGCAGCGAUGCUUCUGGGACUACCUGAGGCGGCUCGAGACGAAUCGAGCCAACCUCCUGCGUCAUUACACCGUUCAAAGGGACAGGCUGAAAUAUAAACAUGGCGUAUACGCCGCAUUUGACACCACUUUGGGCGUUCUCUCGUCCCGCGCACUACAUCUGCUUAGUAUGCUCUCUUGCAUGCACUUUGCCAACAUUCCUCGCCAGAUGUUCCUGCUUGCUGCCACCCACGGCUUCGAUCAUCAGGCUUAUGAUCUUUCCCCGCCUCCUGACAGCUUUCAGGGCUCAGUAUCGCUUCUGCGGGAGACUCUGACUCCUAGUGGCAACAAACUGCUAUCCGAAAGCGAGUUGGAUGAGCUAUUGGAUGAGCUAUUCCAAUAUUCCUUGGUUUCCUACGUGCCAUACUACUCCACAGUCACUAUCCAUCUUCACCCACUUCUUCAUUCCUGGGCAGGUGACCGACUUACAGCUGAGCAGCGGCCGAGGUACCGCGCAGCCACUGCCCGAUUAAUCGGGUCCUGUUUCCACCGCACAAAAGUUGAUCUGCUUGGCGAACUCUAUCCACACGUUUCAGCCUUGUUACCAUUCCUGAGCGACUUUCACCUCAAUGAACGCGCAGGCCUUUGUCGAUCGAUCAAGUGGGGCGGAAAAUUCACCUUGCAACGUCAAAUUUGGGAGGAAAUUCACGUCGAGGUCCAGAAGGUGCAUGGGGAAAAGGACAUACGGACGAGCGCUGCAGCUCUCUUCCUAGCCAGUGCAUAUGGAGACGAAGGGAAUGCUACGAUGAUGGAGGAAAUGGAGCGCUCCAUAGUGGCCAAACGCUCCAUGUUAUACGGACCAGGCAGCUUGGAAGCUACCGAAGCAUUACAUCAUUUAGCCUUGACACUUCUAUUGGACAAAAGAGAGUUCAAAGAGGCAGAAGAGGCCGUAUUGAGAGUUCUAGCCGCUCGAAGGCACAUUUUGGGCCCACUACAUGUCGACAUCUAUAGUGCACUCAACACCCUGGGCCAGGUUUAUUAUCAGAGCAAACGUUACUCGGAAGCGGCGUCGACAUUUCUCCAAGCCAGGGAAAUGUACAUGGCGCUUCAUGGGCGGAACCAUGACCCAACGAUUAAUACUCCUUGGUUGCUUGCAAGUUGUUACUAUGCACCGCAGAACCCGGCUGCACGAGAGAUUGUACGUGAGUAUUCCGAUACCCUGGAGAGAAGUCUUGCAGACCGUCUCCUUACACUAUCCACUCUUUACUGGCUAGGAGAGAUAUCCUAUAAAAUGGCCGAGUACGAGCAAGCGGAGAAGUUCUGUAGACGCGAGCUCGAGAUGAUGAGCGAGCAAGUGAAAUAUCAAGGUGACCUGAAGAUUCCUAGGGUCUAUUUGCCUGAAAUGCCCGGGUUGGGGUUGGGACACUUGACAGGCGAGAAGACGAUGAAAGGGCAGGCCAGGUCAUGGGGGACACCUCAUCACCUCGCAUGGACAAGUCAAAUAAAAAUGAAUCUCGGCAAAGCCAUUUAUAUGCAACACCCUCGAUCAUCCGAGGCAGAGAAUUACUUUAAGGAGGCUAUAGCAUCGGCCAGGGAACUCGACGACUCUCUUAUCGACGAAAGACUCCGACUUGUCAGUGUUGGGCUAGUUUGGCUCGCUACUGUCCUGAUCAACCGGAGUGACUACGCACUUGCAGUCGAAAUACUUGAGGAGUGUAUUUCAGUGGGCAGUCAUCUAACUCAGAUGGAGGCCGCUACUGCCGUUGAUCAUGCUACACUAUCAUACGCUACAGAUCUCCUUGCAACGACUCGAGGAAGCUUAGAGAGGCUGAAGUAG